AUGUUCUCUCGAGAUCUGAAUGUUCGGUUGUCUGUUGUAUAUGCAGAAGUUUGGCUAGACGUGCAACGAAUAGAUCUUUUCGAAGACAUUGAGAGAACAAUGACCGGUGUAGUCGAUUACUCCACUGGACACAUCUAUAGCAUUGCAAAGGAUGCUACCAUUCUCUUUACUGGUGGUUCAUUUGCAAAUCAUGAAGCUAUCAACUCUGUGUUCCGCAGCAUCUGCACAGCGCGAGCGGCAGCUAUUGUCAAGGUCAGUGGACUUUUUAUAGACAGUAGUUGGUGAAG